GGACUUCCAUGAAUGAGUAUUGGCUAAAUUUUGACCCUACCAUAUAGUCGGCUUCUACACCAGGUCGUUGGCUCUUGUUGCCGAUGCGUUUCAUUAUAUGAAUGACCUGGUCGGCUUCAUUGUAGCAUUGACAGCUCUCAUCAUCUCGGAGCGUAGCGAGUCGCCCCAAGACCUGUCCUUCGGAUGGCAGAGAGCCCAGCUGUUGGGGGCCUUCUUCAAUGGCGUCUUCUUGCUCGCCCUGGGAAUUAGCAUAUUCCUCCAGUCAAUCGAGAGAUUCGUAUCUCUCGAGCGGGUCGAGCAGCCAAAGCUGGUGCUGAUCAUGGGAUGCAUUGGCCUCACCCUGAACAUUAUCAGUGCCACCUUCUUGCAUGAGCACAGUCAUGAUCACGACCAUGGCCACGGCCAUAGCCACGAGCACUCGUCAGUCGAGGCCCAUGGCCACGGAUCCUCGGCAGAUCAUGCCAUGACGCCUCUUCACCCCCACGCCGAGCAUCGACACAACAUUGCCAACCUGAAGUCCCCCGGAAGGGAUCUCGGCAUGAUGGGUGUCCUCAUCCACGUGAUAGGUGACGCACUCAACAACUUGGGGGUCAUCAUCGCCGCGCUCGUUAUCUGGUUCGCGGACUACGAAGGUCGCUACUAUGCGGACCCUGGAGUCAGCAUGGGCAUCGCAUUCAUGAUCCUCCUCUCGGCCCUGCCGUUGGUCAAGCACAGCGGUGCCAUUCUUCUUCAGAGCGCCCCGCGUGGGGUGGACUUGGCGGAUGUCAAGCAUGACCUCGAGAAGAUCCCCGGUAUUGAAUCAGUCCACGAGCUCCAUGUGUGGCGGCUCGACCAGAAGAAGGCCAUCGCGUCGGCACAUGUAGUGGUUUCGGAGCAGAGCGUCUCCGACUUCAUGGAGAAGGCAAAGACAGUUAGUGAAUGUCUUCAUGCCUACGGAAUCCACUCAGCGACCAUCCAGCCAGAGCUGGUCGCCCCGGCCUCGGCCCCGUCCGAGACGGUCAGCGCUUCCGCCUCGACUACAUCGUCCAUCCGGAGACGUCGGAUGGAUGCUGGCGUAGCCUGCCAGAUUCUUUGUGGAAAGGGCUUGUGCGACAAUCUCAUGUGCUGCAAGACGGUGUCUGUACAGAUGUAGGAAGGCUAUAUCUGUCCCGCUAUUGUCCGGCUUAGAUUGGAUGGGGGUGAAGAGGCUAGCAAGGCACAUGGUUGUCAAGUGUGAUUUCUCCAAACACCCUUCAUUAGAGCAACUAGGAACUUAUUCGUGCCAUCAGAGUUCAG